GGAAGUUGAGAAAAGCAGGGAAAGAGUUAUAGUAGCCCAAAUGAGAAAAGCAGGGAAAGAACUACAGAUGCCCAAAUGGGAAAAGCAGGGAAAGAGCUACGGAUGCCCAAAAGAGAAAAGCAGGGAAAGAGCUACAGACGCCCAAAAGAGAAAAGCAGGGAAAGAGCUACAGAUGCCCAAUAGAGAAAAGCAGAGAAAGAGCUACAGACUCCCAAAUUGCAGGGAGAGCUACAGACACCCAAAAGAGAAAAGCAGGGAAAGAGCUACAGACUCCCAAAAGAGAAAAGCAGGGAAAGAGCUACAGACGUCCAAAAGAGAAAAGCAGAGAAAGAGCUACAGACGCCCAAAAGAGAAAAGCAGGGAAAGAGCUACAGACGUCCAAAAGAGAAAAGCAGAGAAAGAGCUACAGACUCCCAAAUUGCAGGGAAAGAGCUACAGACACCCAAAUGAGAAAAGCAAGAAAAGAGGUACAGAUGCCCAAAUGAGAAAAGCAAGGAAAGAGCUACAGACUCCCAAAUUGCAGGGAAAGAGCUACAGACACCCAAAUGAGAAAAGCAAGAAAAGAGCUACAGACACCCAAAUGAGAAAAGCAAGGAAAGAGCUACAGACGCCCAAAAGAGAAAAGCAGAGAAAGAGCUACAGACUCCCAAAUUGCAGGGAGAGAGCUACAGACACCCAAAAGAGAAAAGCAGGGAAAGAGCUACAGACUCCCAAAUUGCAGGGAAAGAGCUACAGACACCCAAAUGAGAAAAGCAAGAAAAGAGGUACAGACGCCCAAAUGAGAAAAGCAAGGAAAGAGCUACAGACGCCCAAAAGAGAAAAGCAGGGAAAGAGCUACAGAUGCCCAAAAGAGAAAAGCAGAGAAAGAGCUACAGACGCCCAAAAGAGAAAAGCAGGGAAAGAGCUACAGACGUCCAAAAGAGAAAAGCAGAGAAAGAGCUACAGACUCCCAAAUUGCAGGGAAAGAGCUACAGACACCCAAAUGAGAAAAGCAAGAAAAGAGCUACAGACACCCAAAUGAGAAAAGCAAGGAAAGAGCUACAGACGCCCAAAUGAGAAAAGCAAGGAAAGAGCUACAGACGCCCAAAAGAGAAAAGCAGAGAAAGAGCUACAGACUCCCAAAUUGCAGGGAAAGAGCUACAGACACCCAAAUGAGAAAAGCAAGGAAAGAGCUACAGACACCCAAAAGAGAAAAGCAGGGAAAGAGCUACAGAUGCCCAAAAGAGAAAAGCAGAGAAAGAGCUACAGACUCCCAAAUUGUAGGGAAAGAGCUACAGACACCCAAAUGAGAAAAGCAAAG